CAUACUACACACCAUAGAAUUAAUGGUCCUUUUGCAGAUUGAUCUACGCGGCGAUAUCUCGGGAUUCUUGUCUUCCCACACGAAGUCGCCACUAAUGUCACUGCACCACCUAGACAACGUGGAGUCACUAUUCCCGAAGAUGGAGCGCGUGGAGGCGCUGCGGCAGCUGAUGAAGGCGGCGGCGGCGGACGAGUCGCGAACGCUCCAACAGACGGUGUGCCACGAGAGGCAAAAGCAGUGGACGAUCUCGGUGUCAUGGGGUUACUCGGCUCACGUGUACGAGAGAGUGAUGCCGAGGAGUCACGUGCGCAACCCCAUCGAGAGCUUCAGCGAGUGGAUACACAGCACUCGCCCCCCGCCCUUCUACAUGUUCAACACCAGGAUGCCCACCGCCGAUCCCUGCGAAGCACCCCACCUUUUCUUCCUCGAUUCUAUCACUAUCAACCAUUCCUCACAUGGAAUUCUCACCACUUACGCGCGUGCGGCGCCACGCCUCCUCGACCCAUGCCUCUGGUGCGCCGCUCACUGCCCCGAUUUCCUCACUCACAUUCGCGUCUUCUCCCCCGCCACCAAGCGGAUAGGGAAGGAUCGAUGCGAAUGCUGUGAUGUUAUUGCCGUUAAUGGAACCACGGCGGAUGUUAAAUUUAGGGAAUGCGGGACUAGUGAAAUCAUUGCUUAAUUAUUAUUAUUAUUAUUAUUAUUAUUAUUAUUAUUAUUAUUAUUAUUAUUAUUAUUAUUAUUAUUAUUAUUAUUAUGAGAAAUGUAUGUCCAUUUACUUUA